AUGUCGUCUCCCAUGAUAGCUUGGGUACCUGUGGUCAACCGCCUGGCCAAGUAUCUUACUACCAGCAACUACGCUGCACAGUCUAUUGAUCUCCCAUCCGUGGAGAUCCAUGACGUGGAAACAGCACCAGAGAAGCGUCCCAGGACACUCAAACAUCUACUCAGGGCUAACCACGUCAACCACUCCAUCUUGUACCAUGAUCUGCAGUACCAUAACCACAUGGCACACUUACUAGGAUCUGCGUACCUCUUUGGAGCGGAUGCCGUUCAGAUGAAUAAGAUCUAUGACGAGGAGUCCAAAGAACUGGAAGAAUGGAAGGAUUCUCCUGCAGAGGUAACAGACAAGGACUGGCGCGACUUCCUUGGUGACAAGAGAUAUCAGAGAGCUUUUGUGGAUUUCUUUGAAGAUGAGUUGGCAUUGAAGUAUGAUUACGAGUGGAAAGAAGUUGCCAAUGAGUAUUUAUACAGCGGCAAGGAGCCUUUGAUCAAUGGACUUAUUGGCGGGCUUGGUCAUCCUCUCAUUCAUCUCGGUUAUGCCUACGAACUCUCCAGCAAAGAACUCGGCAUGGAAGCCCUCGCCAUGGCCGCAUCCUCCUACAACUACCUGCACAAAUACCUUGACUCCCCAUCCUAUACCCAGUCCUCCACGUACACCACCACAUCUCCACUCGAGAUCUUUCACAAAAUAUCAGCUGAUACUCGUUUCGAUGGGCUUUUCAAAGAGCGUGGCGCAGGAAACUUAGAUAUUCUCUUCCGAGACCAUGAAUCGCUCAUCUUAGAACACUGGAAUGCAUGGAAAAUCGACGAUCCUAAGAAGCAAUUCGAGGACUCGCAGGAAGCAGCAAUGGCUUUGUUAGUUAAGUCCGUGCAGCCAGGAACACAUGCUUAUGAUUUCUUCAUCGUGCACAUCCUGACCACAUCCCAUGCGGUGCGGAUUCUGCUACCAUUGGUACCGAAGAAGUGGCAUGUUAGUUUGGUGAGACAGUGGUGGCUGCUAGCGAUUGCUAUUUAUGUUGCGCAGUUGCGGCCAAAGAUUGAUGAGAACUUGGAGACGAAGCCUGUGAAGGGCUGGAAAUACGUAGAGGAGAUGGCGGUCCAGGGACCGUGGGCUACCGAUUCUCAUUAUGUGAAAGCCCUAAGAGCAAUGAAGGCAGCGGCUUUCACUUGGGGAGAUGUCCAUGAGCGUUAUCUUUCAGCAGCGACUCAUUUUGCCGAUGAUUUUAAGGGUUGGACAUUCUAG